UUAAUCUUACAAGAGCUCGACCUCCACGCCGCGAGGAACCGGUUGAAGGGUCUUUUCGAUUCUCUCCUGCCCACGGACUCGGCUCUCCUGCUGCCAUGUCUCAGCUGUCCUCCUUCAACCUGUCGGAGUUCUGCCCCCUGAUCCGGGAGAUGCUGAACCACUCCCGCAACAACGACACGCGGGUCAACCUGCCGGUGGUGGCGGUGCACGGGCUGGUGUCCGCCGUGGGCAUCCUGGAGAACGCCCUCAUCCUGUGGGUGGUGGGCUUCCGGAUCCGGCGCACCGUGAUCGCCGUGUGGGUGCUGAACCUGGCGCUGUCCGACUUCCUGGCCACCCUCACCCUGCCACUGUUCACCCACUACCUGGCGUCCGCGCACAGCUGGGACCUGGGCCAGCGCCUGUGCCAGAUCCAGUCCACCAUCUUCUUCGUCAACAUGUUCGUCAGCGGCUUCCUGCUGGCCUCCAUCAGCCUGGACCGCUGCCUGCUGGUGCUGCGGCCCGUGUGGUGCCAGAACCACCGGUCCGUGUCAGCCGCCUGGAAGGUGUGCGCGGCGGUGUGGGCCGCGGCGGUGCUCAACAGCGUGCCGUACUCCGUCUUCCGCGCCGUGAUCCCGCGGCAGGACGGGCGCCGGCUGUGCUACCACAACUUCGCCCUGCACGCGGCGCCGGGGCCCCUGGAGCGGACCUGCCGGCUGCGCCAGGACGCCACCGCCCUGUCCAAGUUCCUGCUGGCGUUCCUGAUCCCGUUCUGCGUCAUCGGCGGGAGCUACGCGCUGGUGAGCGUCCGGCUGCGCCAGCGCGAGCGCCGCAAGGGCCCCGCCCGCUUGUCCGCGCGCUUCUUCAAGCUGGUGGUGGCCGUCAUCGUGGUCUUCCUCUGCUGCUGGGCGCCCUACCACGCCAUGUGCCUGCUGGAGGUGAUGGCGCACCGGUACCCGGCGCUGCGGCCCAAGGUGGAGAUCGGGCUGCCCGUGGCCACCACCUUCUCCUUCCUCAACUGCGUGCUGAACCCCGUCCUCUACGUCUUCAGCUGCCCCGACUUCUGCCACCGCAUCCGGCAGUCUCUGGCCGCCGUCCUGGAGGGGCUGCUGGUGGAGGACGAGGAGGGAGGCCCGUGGGGGGGCUCCGGGGGGGGCGCGAGGUCGAGCCAAGGCCAGAGGAGGAACACUCCCCACGCCCCCCUCCGGCCCCCCGGCUCGCUGGUCCUGUCCACCCAGGUGUCCGUCUGCGCCUACAGCUUCACGCACUGCAGUGGGAGCAGCAGCCAGGCCUCCUGUCCCACCAGCCCACUGUAGAGAGAGAGGAGACAGGUACAUACAAGCACACUGA